UAUAAGAGCACAUAUAUGGUCGAUCUUUAACACAUAACACAACAAGAACUCAAAGUCACUUCUCUCAUAUUGAUUCCAAAAUUCCUAAAGCUUUCCAUUUUACACUCCUGAUAUCUCAUUCCGAUAAAGAAAUUAUAAUCUUUCCCCUGAGUUGAAGAUUAAUUUUACAUAUCCUAAAAAGUUAAUUUCUUUCAAAAUCCAUACUAUUACCACCGAUGGAGAAGCUACAAAAGAUGGUCUCCGAGAAACCUGUAGUGAUCUUCAGUAAGAACUCGUGCUGCAUGUCUCACUCAAUCAAGACUCUCUUCAUUGACUUUGGCGUGAACCCAGCGAUCUAUGAGUUAGACGAAAUCACCAGAGGAAAGGAGAUAGAACAUGCACUCGCUCAGCUAGGCUGCAGCCCGACCGUGCCGGUGGUGUUCAUAGGAGGGCAGCUCGUUGGUGGAGCCAAUCAAGUCAUGAGUCUUCAUCUUAAUCGCUCUCUUAUCCCAAUGCUUAAAAGCGUUGGAGCGUUAUGGGUUUAGUAAUAACUAAACACACACACAUACAAAUCCCAUCAAGUCUGCACGUACGUAGCGUAAUGAUAUGCUGGACGACAACAUUAUUUGAGCAAUGGAAACACUUGUCGACAUUGGCUAAAGAGUAGUAGAACACCAAAUGUCAUUUUUGAUUUAUAAAGAAGGUAUACGUCGAAAUAUUUGAGCUGAAAGAUAGUCUAGAUAUUGUGAGUUUGUUUCAACUAAUGACAUAUUUGAGAAAAUUAAAAUUUAUUAUACAUGAAACACAAUGUGUUCAUGAGCAUAGAAAUAAAAUAUUAUGUUAUGUUCUCUUAUGUUAAGUUAAUAAUAGAAAAUAUAAAUUUGUUAUUUUUUUUGGUAGCUCAUGACAUAAACAUUUUAAUUUUUGUUGUCAUUGAUAGAGGCGGUGUAGAACUUGUGAGACUAGUGUGAAAGCAGGACAUGGUUAGAGUUGUGACAUUGUGGUCUAAUUUUCAUUUACAUACAAGUUUAAGUGUAUUUAAAUACUAUAAUUUGGGUUAUGUAUAUUGUGAGUGCAAUUCUGCUAAGAUUAAUGUGUUUGACAAACAUUUAAUUUGUGGCUCCGAUGAACAAUACACUACUUAGUUGUAUGCAGUUUUUGUAAGGGAUUAUAUAUAGAAAUGAUAAGCGUGAAAACUAACAUUCGAUAACUAAAAACAAUUGGGGAAAGAACUUGAGGACAACAAAUAUUUGGCCGAUUUGUCAGAAAACGUAAAAUAUUGGAGAUGGGUCAUUGUAUUAGAAUCUUAUUAUGAAAAACAAAUAGAGUGUGAGUAUCCACAUGAGAAUUGAGAUAAGAAGAAAAAAAAUCUUUGAAAAAUAUAAUGUUUACCUUUUAUAUACAUUUUCCUGGUUUAGAGAUUCUUCUUGAUUAUGUAUAUCUAUGUGAUUGGAAGAUGCAUCUAAUUCUCUUUUUGUUUACUUUAGAUGAGAUUAACCAUAAAUAGUAGGAUUAUGACUAUUCGUAAUAUGUUUCUCUUUUAUGUGGAUAACUUCUUUGCUAUAAAAAAGUUUGUGAAAGAUUGCUACUUA